CACGUGAGAUACAACUCAAGCACUAGACCCCGCUUUCCAUUUUUCCGUAUAAAGCAUGGAUGAAGAACACACCAGCGCCUCCUCAGAGGGUCAGUGGUACUUUCCGUGGCAACUCCCUCCUUCUCUUCAUGGCGUCAUCCAGCUUUACAGAUCGUCUCUCGUCCUUGCCUACCGUCCAGACAUGGAACCCACAACAGGUCAACACUCCUCCACAAUAUUUGGGCCGGAAAACCUUGCCAAUAAAGCGCGCAGACGCAGAAAUGCUGACCCGCGCAGACCUCCAAUAUGAUCUCCUCUAUUAUAUCUUCGCCGAUCGUACCGUGGCCUUCAUUGAUGCGUUGGCACCCGGAAAACCCAUGGUCAACUUCUGCGACCUCUAUGUUAACGCACUGUACAACUCGAACAAAUGCUCCAAGGUGCUGAAGGACAAGAUGGUUGAGACCCCGGCAUUCGCCAUUGAAUUCGCGAAAAUCUCGCUCCUCACUAACGUUGGCAGAAUAAAUACCACCAUGGCCUUCUUUCCGGAGAUGAAAACAGCCUUGCGGAGCUAUCAUCCCGUGCCUUCCCUGCAAAAGACAGAUGGAAAUCUGCAGGAUGCCCCUCGCAUCAAGAACUGCCUCAAGGCUGCACUCUUGCCUGAAGAAUUCAGAGGGACGCCGCCCUCUACCCCCGCGGAAAUAUUAGAUCGAGCGCGAGCGGGACAUAUUCCUCCGACCAGUGUCGUCAACCUCAUCUUUGUUCUUUCAAACUCGAAUAAUGCUCAGCAAAUUGCGCAUAGCCAUUUUGAUGCGCCUGUCGAAUUUCUGGAUCUGUUCCUUCCCGUCAAUUUGUCCUCGGCAUCGCGCGCGAGAGCGUUCCUGUGGCUUAUGUUCCACUAUCUGCAAGGUCCGGAUAAUCCUAAUCCGUUCGAUGAUGAGUACUCUCGCGUAAACCCGGGUAAGGUUCCCCGUCUGUGCAAUCUGUCUCGGGAGGAGAUGGACCAGGAGAAUGUCGACCCCGUUGAGGAACUGGACUGGGGUAGGCGCAUGAGCGCGCAAAGGAGCAAGUUCUUGAAAGAGCUCGUCGAUGAGAUGGAGAAUGAGAAGAACCGCCAGAAGGACACUCCGAUGCCCAGCGCUCCGUCGUCCAGUAUUACAGCGCAGGACCUCGCUGCUAUUAGGCGUACUCGGAUACAGCGGCAAAACGCUUCGACUCCGGGUGCAACUUCGGGCGGUAGUCGUGGGUCGUCAGUGUCGCGUGAAUAUCCCGUUCAUCCUCAUGCCGUCAUCGAGCCGGCUUCCCGUCCACCUAUCCGAGCGCGGCUUUACGAGGGUGAGCCUCAAGAACGCAGCAUGCUAGAACACGCAUGGCACAUCGGUAAUACCAUCGAUCCGCUCAUGGAUUCGGAUGAAGAGGCAGACGAGCACGUGAGGCUUGACUACAACCGCCGCUUGCGUGUCCUAUCACGCCUCAGGGGCAAAGAGCCUACACCUGAACCGGAGCCCGACCCAAAUGCAUCGGUUGGCCAUGGUCAUUACUCGUUUCAACGUCAGACUGGAGGUGGGUCUGAUGCAGCAACUACGGGACGGCUGCAGCAGGUACAUACAUGGCAGUGACUCGAACGCCUCAUUGAUGCUAUUGUCUUGCCAAGCGGCUCGUCUCCCCGGACUUGCUGCGCCAUCGUUAAUAUUGGUUCCAAUCGCGAGAUUGGCGACCAGUUCGUCCGGUGACGUUCUCUGGAUUCAGCUUUCGUGAUUGUUUCAUCUUCUCAUCCACUCCGACGUCAUCCACCCGUUUUCUCGAUCGUGAUAUGUAUAAUCGAGAACGUGCUUGCAAUCUCAUAUAUGUUGUUGUUAUUCCAGCAUGUUGUGCGAGAUGUCAACAGCAGAACC